GUAGUCGUCAGCAGAACCUUUUAUUUUCAAAGGCUGUAAGCGGAAGCAGUGUGGGUUUAUUGUGGUGUAACUUGACGCUGGUGCCGGACAGCUGCCACACUGGACUCAGACUGAGCCGGACUGUAGUUCCUGUGAUGCCCCAGAGCGGGCUGAGCUGGUCGGGGUUGCGAUGCCUUACGUGGACCGCCAGAAUCGCAUCUGCGGCUUCCUGGACAUCGAGGAGAAUGAGAACAGCGGCAGGUUCCUGCGGCGUUACUUCAUCCUGGACACUGAGCAGGGCAGCCUGCUGUGGUACAUGGAUAACCCCCAGAAUCUGCCCAAAGGUGCAGGAAAUGUGGGCUCUCUCAAUCUUUCCUACAUCUCCAAGGUCAAUGAUGCCACCAAACAAAGACCAAAGGCAGAGUUCUGCUUUGUUAUAAAUGCAGGAAUGAGGAAGUUUUACCUACAGGCCAACGACCAGCAGGAUUUGGUAGAAUGGAUCAGUGUUCUCAACAAUGCCAUCAAGAUUACUGUGCCAAAGCCCGGCGAGGGCCACAACACCCACUCAGAGACUCCACAGGAGCUGCUUGGAACCAUGAAACAGGUCUCCUACAAAACUGAGAUCAUCGGAGGAGUCCCCAUCAUCACGGCCACUCAGGAGCAGGGAGAGGGCCACAAUGGAGCUGAUCGUGGAGGCGUAAAGCGGGCUCAGAAUCAAAUGCCCUACUUCCUGUCCAGAGGAGCGCAGGAUCAGGCCAUCAUCAAAGCGGGAUACUGUGUCAAACAAGGAGCUGUGAUGAAGAACUGGAAGAGGCGGUACUUCAUCCUGGAUGAAAAUUCUCUCAACUACUACAAAACUGACAUGGAGAGGGAGCCGCUGAGAGUCAUCCCGCUGAAGGAGAUCCACAAAGUGCAGGAGUGCAAACAGAGCGAGCACAUGAUGAGGGACAACCUGUUCGAGAUGGUCACCAGCUCGAGAACCUUCUACAUACAGGCUGACAGUCCAGAGGACAUGCACAGCUGGAUUAAGGCCAUCUCAGGCGCGAUCGUGGCCCAGCGUGGUCCCGGGCGCUCCGCUAACACUAUCCGUCAGGCCAGAAGGCUGUCCAGUCCUUGUAUACAGAGGUAUACGCCAUUCUGCGGCGGUGAAUGCAGCACGAGCACAGUGACCACUCCCCUUCCAACUCCACCUUCUACCUCCCAGUCAAUGAGGAACCCCAAGACUCGCAGUCCUCAGAGAGUGCUCAGCCUCGCUCUGGACACGCGCCAUCGGGACAACUUCCUGGGCCUCCUCCCCUGGAGGCUGAGCGGGGUCCAGUCCGUGAUGGUGCCCCUUCCCCCGGCGCGCUCCCGCCUGUCACUGCAGGAGACGCUGCAGCCUUCAAAGUGAAAGAGGAGGACAAGCUGGCGUGGGGAAGCCCCAGCGGCGUCUCCGGGUCCCAGCUCCUCCUGGCUGAGGAUCAAGAUGUGGACAUAACCCUGUUCUGACAAACUCUAACGGACACACACACACACACACACACACACGUGCACACUGUCAGACUCUGCGUGUCCUGCUGAACCUCCUGGGACCAGUUCUUUGUUUAGUUUUUUUGGGGAUGGGACCUUCUUCCUCCGCUGUUUUCCCUUCUCCUUGUCUUCCUAUGUAUGCUACAGUCUGUCACUCCAGGCAAACGACAAACACGGCUUGCUGUUACACGUUUCAGCGGCGCCACGAGUCUCACUUCCGCGUAGAAAAGCUCGUCGCCGAGGUCCAGAUUCCCUGAGCAGAGGUCGCUGAGCGGCCAGCUUUCAUGAGCAGGUUUCCAGAGGUCACGCUUACUGAAUAUUUCCCGUCGUCAGUGAUGGAAAAAUGUGUCAUUUUCAUAGAUUAGAAAAGAUGCUGGUCUGUGUCUUUCAUAAGACAGCACUGAACACAAGUCACCCAGCAGGGUCGUGCAGGCAUCUGUGUCUGCCACAGGUGAUCCUGCUGCAGGGAAAGUCCCGCUUUGAGAAACUUUGGGUGGCUUCUAAUCCCUGAAAUGCAGAGGGACGGCCCAGCAUUCAGAAUAAAAUAAUAGCUGUCUGUCUGAGGGAAAAUGGAGGAAAUACGCCUCUGCAGAAGCCUCCCCCGAUGGAUUUGAUUAAGCUUCCAGCUUUAGUUCAUUUACUUCAUAUUUGGGCACCGCGACUACAGUGCUUUAGAGCCUCUGCGAUGAAAGACAAUCAUCUGCUUCAUGUUUGCUUUGGAAGAUUUAAAGCUCUUUAAUGAAGCAGACAUGCCCAAAGUGAAGAGUGCUGCAGCCCGUUGGAGCCCACCCAAUCUUAAAUCUUCACCAAAAAUCAAAAUACAAGUGAUGUAUUUCCUUAAUAAUUAUAUUAAAAAAAAUAAAAACUCACAGCCGUUGGCUCCAAUGUGUGAAACUUCAGCACCGAGCAGUAAAUUCAGGUCAGAGUAAUGAGUAAUAUCACAAACUGACCACCUCAUAUUAGCAAUUUGAAAUCACUUGUUAUAUAAAGAAAUACGUUUAUAUUAAUAUGUAACUGUACAUACUGUAGUACCUCUGGAGUCCACCAGGGGGCGCACACUCUUUGAAUGACUGUAACAAAGAAUUCAAAUAACCGGUAAAAUUAGGCUAUGAUGGAACUUCCGUUUGUCAAGUGUAUCGUGACCUCUGCUGGUAUCACCACAGUUUGCAGCCUUUCCACCUCCUUUUUUUAAGCGCUUAUUUAACCAAAGAAGUUUAUUUGAAAGCUGCAGUCAGUGGAGGUAAAGUCAACGUUAAGGUUUAUUUCCGUUUCUCAUCACCCUCCUUUGAGAGCUGCUUUCAGAGAACACUGCUAAUGUCUGUGAGGUUACUUCUCCUUCUUUCCAGCGUGCUAACUGGUAUCUCCAAACCAGCAAGCUCAGCAAACUUUUUUAUUUGUCUCUCCAGCACCAGCACGUUACCAGUUAGCUUGCUAAGUAGCCGUCAAGGUGCUCCAAACAUCAGCAAGACUCCAGCACAGCUCUGAAAGAAAGAAAAGCAGCUCUCUGGUGGUAAAAGGCGUCGCUCUGCAGGCCUGUUUUAAGCGAGUGAAGCCUGAUCCAGGAGGUGAAAAAUCUACGAUGGGCUUUAACAGAAAGCUUCUGCUGUCCUUUGUUUUUAUCCAAGGUCAAGUCCUUCUCCUGGCUCUGUUGGAGGCCUCCAGCUGUUAAAAAGGAGUUUCUCUCUGUUUAUUCGCUUGGGGAUUGUUUGAUUGUCUGGGUUUUAUCUUAAAGCGCCUUGAGAUGGCUUGAUGUGAAUCGAUGCCUCUUACUUUGAUUCCUGUUCAUGAUAUCUGAUCCUCAGACUUGCACAUGAGCCUAAAAUUCAACCAUGAUUACUAAAUAAACCCUGAAGCACCCGAGGCUUUAUCGACUUUUCUGCGUCCACACAGUUUUAGUCGUGAAUCUCUUCAUAUGUUUACGCCUCUGAAUCCUGCGGUUGGGAAUCUUUGUUCUGGUGUCAGGACUGAAAACGUGUUCGGCUGUUGAAACUGCAGCAGCUGUAAUUAGUGAGAUCGCACAGCGCUCUUUAUCUCAGCUCUGUCCAGUUUCAGCAGGGAAUUUAAUUUCUUAUUAAUAAAGUCAAUCCUCGCCAAAACCUUCCAUCUGCGGUCCAGUCGCUGCUUUGCCACAUUUCCAGAUUUAUGAUUUUUUUAAAAUCCAAACUUCCGAGGCAGGAAGAGAAAAUGAGAGUCUGGAUGAAGCUGUGUUCAGACCUGCAGAGAAUCUGGGCUCCAAGUGUGACGGUUGCUUCUGUCCUCUCGCCUCACUGUACAUUCACGCCGCUGUACUACUUUCUAACUGAUGACGUAUUUGUUUCUGAUGUCUUGCUGUAAGAUGUGGGGACGUGAAACCAAACUGGAUGUGUAAAUGAGACUCUAAAGCUCAGCGGCAGGUUUUCGUUCCUCUCGGCGUCCAGCUGCGAGCUCUGGUUGUGGGUGUUUCUUUUUCUUCGGUUUCAAUGUGCUUUUAGUUUUUAUGAUAAUAUUAUUUACAGUGAUGAAAAAUCGAAACAUAUAUGUUGUUUACUGAGUUUUUUAAACGCGUGUGCACGAGUGCACGCACACGGCCCUCCUUCCUGUUGUUCCCCGUUCACCAUAAGCUGGUUAAAGUGCCUGCCUUGUUCUUACUAAGAAAAACGAUAUAACGAUGAGCUCUUUUGACCCUUUUUAGUGUGAACGUGAUUCUAAAAACAUGUGCUCUAUUUAUUAAAAGAAAUUUGGAAUAAUUUGAA